CCUGGGCGGAUUUUACAUAGCGCAUUACGAGGCCCAAACGUCGUCUUCAUACUCACAGAACGAGAAGGUGAGUGUCGAUCCCGGAAACGGCGGCAUCAGGACUGAUAUAGUGGACGACAAACCGGUGGAUCGUGCCGAAGAGCGAGUUGGCAACGUCGGAGCUUUCGCAUGCAAAUCUGCCGAAGGUUCGGAAUCCAGCUAACUCCCUCUUGAAUCCAAUCCCCACGUUCUUUUUCGUACAUAGCGAGCACCAUGGCAUCAAAGGUUUCCCCGGCACUCGCUGCUUCCCGCACUUUCUGGGCGAAGCCCAUCGUUGGCACACCCCGUAGCCUUACGGCUUCGCCCGCUAAGGCAUCGAAGGCCUCUGUGCCAUACGUCGCCAGGCCAGUCCUUGCCACCAUCAACGGUGCUCAACUGUCUUCCAAGACCCACUACACCGCCGGCCCCAACUUCCUCAGCCAGAAGCGGUACUACGCCUCCCCGGUGAAGCAAGUGCAGUACUCCGCAGACGUCACUGUCCCCCCACGCGAACAGGAUGCCUACAAAGUCAAGAACUACAACGAGUACUCAUCUCGCAACUACGCCUACUUCAUGAUCGGUGCUUACUCCUUCGUCGGUGCUGUCAUGGCCAAGAACAUCGUGACAGAUUACCUUGUGCACAUGGCUGCGUCCGCGGAUGUCUUGGCUUUGGCCAAGGUUGAGCUUGAUAUGGCUUCCAUCCCCGAAGGAAAGAACGUUGUCAUCAAGUGGCGUGGAAAGCCCGUCUUCGUUCGUCACCGUACCGCUGAGGAAAUCGCAGAAGCCAACGCCGUGAAUGUCGCCGAACUUCGCGACCCCGAAACAGAUGCUGAAAGGACGAAGAACCCCGAAUGGCUUGUCAUGCUCGGCGUAUGCACACAUCUCGGGUGCGUUCCGAUCGGAGAGGCUGGUGAAUACGGAGGCUGGUUCUGCCCUUGCCACGGAUCCCACUACGACAUCAGUGGCCGUAUCAGGAAGGGACCCGCGCCUCUUAACUUGGAAAUCCCCGCAUACGAACUCAACGACGCCGACGGCAAGAUCAUUGUCGGAUAAACAUCCCCAACCCCAAACCCGGACAGCAACCCUAACGUAUCGAGAACAUUUUGGAAUGGGCAGCAGGAGGAUGCAGAUUGGACCGAAAUGGACCUUACAGCCAUCCAUUCCAGUUGGCUCUUUCUUGUUCUCCACCAUAUCUCUUUCGAUCCCAAUACCACUGGCAUGAUUUUUCCGAACAAAC